UGAUAGAUAUCUUGCAUGUGUAGCCGAACUAGAGUAGCACAAGUCGAUAAUUAAAAUAGUGACAUUUUCAAAAAUAAUCCGUGAAUUUUCAGUGAAAGCAUUUCAACACCGUAGUGUUUUUUGAAGAGCUAUAAAAAUGAUGAUACACGAAAAAUUAAUGACUGGCCAAUUUCUGCUGGAUUUCAAAAAUGAUCACAACAUAUUACACUCGACGUCUUCACAACACGCGCGUCUCUCACACCAGCAGCCUCUCUAUCCCCAUCACCAAACCUACAGCCCAGGCCAUCCGCUCUCACACCAUGCGCUUCACCAAACUCAAACCGCCACGCUCACGCCAGCAAAAAUUGAACAGCUCGAACUCUACUCCGCCUAUGCUUACCGACAGCAGCAGCAACAGCAAGCGCUGAUUGGUGGUGGCGGCAGAUCACAUGCCGAACGCACCACUAGCCAACGCCAAUCACCAAGCGAGGUACUCGAUCUUUCACGUCGCGAUUCGGUCGAAACGACACGCAAGACACCUUCUCCCUACAAUACGAACUCCAGCUUCGGCGCCGACUCCCCUGCUGGAUCACCUACGAAUAGCCAACUGCAGCCGCCGAUGAUUCCCUCAAACUUGCUUUACAGCGCACAGCAACAAUUCAACCGGCUUGCGCCUCCGCUGGCUUCAUUAUAUCCAGCGCUCUACUCUUCGUUUGGACAACUCACCAAAGAAAACACAGUAGCGACUUCUUCCACGACACCACCCAUGGCUCCCUUGGCUUCAACAAUUACACCGCCCGCCACCUCAUCACCAUUACUUGCAGCUCAAUCACAAACUUCGCCGAUCCCCAACACUCCACUUUCUGUCGCGCCUAGCUCCAUGCUGCACAGCAUCAAAUCCGAAGAUGAGCACAUGACACCACUCUCACCAAGCUCCAGUCAUGAUGGUCGUAGCAAAUCGCCUACGACCGAAACAUUAGCAACACUUGCGCCAGCUAAUCCUCCUACUACGCCCAGUGCGCUCAAGUCCACGCGUCCCUUCAAAGCUUUUCCACGUGAUCCGCUCGUCAUAGCGGCCAAUUUUGCCGCCACCGAUGUUCUGCUGGAUAAUCCACGCGUUGAACGCUACACUGAGUACCGCAAGCGCGUAUUGGAGCAAAUACGCAGUUGCAAUGGCGGUUCACGCACUAUCACAAAUCCCAAGAUGCGUCGCUUAAAUUCGAGACGCAACAGCAACACAAGCAGCAAUGCGCCCGAAGGUGGCAGCAGCGAGAAUGACGAACGUCAUGGCGGUGGCGCGGAUGAGUCAAGUGAUUGUGACUCAUCAUAUGCCGGUGGACAGGGGGAUAAAGUGAGCUCGUCGGCAAAUGGUAACAACGCCUCCGCCAGCAACAACUCCUCAUCCGGUGGUCAAAUCAAAGACGCCGCCUACUAUGAGCGCCGCCGCAAGAACAAUGCAGCUGCUAAGAAGUCGCGCGAUCGUCGCCGCAUCAAGGAGGAUGAGAUUGCCAUACGAGCGGCCUACUUGGAACGUCAGAACAUUGAACUGCUUUGCCAAAUUGACGCACUCAAAGCGCAGCUGGCCGCCUUCACGUCGAAGGUGGUAACCGCGUGAGAGAGUACGAAACGUUAUAGAGCAAGGCUGCGUAGCAGGCAGGAAUGGCGUC